AUGUGCCCAACCACAAUCAACGUAUCAUGGAAAUCGGACAAGGGCAAGAUCAUCAAAGCGACAUUCGGAACGUCAGUCACAGCUCCCACCAGAGAGCAGAAGAAACGCUUGAUCAUAGUCCGACAAGAGAACGAUCAUUGCUUCUUCCCUCAAGAUCAGAAUGGGAUAAUUAUUCCAAAAAUAGAAACUUGGGACAGCAAAAGUGAAGACACCAUGCAGGAAUUGCAAGAUUUGCUUGAGAAACUGAAGAAUGAUCCUCGAGGAUUCCAUAAAACUAGAGACGAAAGGUUAUUGCACCCAGAAGAUAGGGAGUACUUCUAUGAUCGUGGGAUCAUGUUCCAAUGGGAUGACAUGGCACAAAACAUAGAAUACUUGGGGAUUGAUCUGAGGCAAGGUCUUACGAACUACAUCUACCAUCCAGAGAAGAUAUGCGCCAUAAUGGAGGACACUGGCGAGCUGAUACCAGUAGAGGAAUUUAAUCGUCGUGUAUACGAAACAUAUCAUAUGGCUAAGCCGGCAGGAGUGAUACGGGAAGAAUCUCAGGAGAAAUCUGCAAAGAAACCUGCAAAGAAAUUUGCGAAGAAAGGGCGUAGGAAGUCGAAAAAGAAUAAAUAG